AUGAGGCCCACCAGCUUCUUGAUCCUUACAGUGUUGCUCAUUUUUGUGACCCUGGUGGCUGGGAAAAGAACCAAAGAGGUGACAAGUCGCAGCCUGGUCCAGGAGUCAGUCAAAAGAAGAAUCAAACACAGAGGUCAAAAAGUCAAAAGAAAAGCCAAAGGCAAACACCAAGUUCCAGAGAUCAGUAAGAGUGGCAUCUGCCCCACAAUCCCAACCCAGUGCACCGUGUUGAAUCCCCCUAAACUCUGUCAGAGAGACACUGAGUGCCCAGGAGCCAAGAAGUGCUGUGCGGGUUACUGCGGGAUGACCUGUUUAGAGCCCCACUGA